GUCUAUGCCAGGCCAGUUUGGCAGAUUGUUGUUUUGUCUUGUUUUAGAUUUUUAUUGUGAUUUCCAGUGUUUCGGAAGGUAUCAAUUUAUUCUUAAUAGUAUCUACUAGCCUUCAAAAUGUCUCUUUAUCCGUCGCUGGAAGAUAUGAAUGUAGAUAAUAUGGUGAGGAGUCAAAUGGCUCAAGUACAUGCUCCUCCACCUUAUAACCCAGUGGCUAUGCAAAGACCUUCCACUGGACCGGUCUAUCCUGCACUAGCUGACUACAUGGGCCUUGAACUAUCUCAAGAUACUAUUGCUCUCAAUAUGCCAGAAUACCAGAUUCAAACUAUGCAACCAUCUGGCUCACUAGCAACCUUAGUUGCACCACUUUCAUCUCAAUCCCUUAGCUUGGCUAAAGCAACUGUCACUCAAGCUAUACGCCAAGUAGUAUUGUGCAAAGACCGUGAUGGUAAAUGCGGAUUGAGACUGCACUCUGUAAACAAUGGAGUAUUUGUUUGUUAUGUGGCUGAUGGCAGCCCGGCAGCACUUGCUGGGUUGCGUUUUGGUGACCAAGUGCUGGAGAUCAACAAUGUGUCACUGGCAGGUAUGACAAUGGAUCAAUGCCACGCAAUAUUGAAGAAAGCUCCUACUAAUGGAAUCACUAUGGCUGUUCGUGACAGACCUUUCGAGAGAACUAUUACACUUCAUAAAGAUUCUCUCGGCCAUGUGGGCUUCCAAUUCAAGGACGGUAAUAUUGUGGGGUUAGUGAAGGACUCUUCAGCAGCUCGUAACGGCUUGCUCACAGAUCAUCAGCUAUUGGAAAUAAACACAAUAAAUGUUGUGGGCUUGAAAGAUAAGGAAAUUGCUCGUGUUAUUGAAGCAAGCCCAUCUGUUGUAAACAUUACAAUAAUUCCAGUUUAUAUUUACAAGCACAUGAUAAGCAAGAUGUCAACUUCGUUGUUCAAGGCACAGGACCGCACACCCGCUGUUUAAAUGAAGAAAAAUUUUAUUCGUAUUUUGAUCACAUAUUAUUUCACAUGCUAAGUAAAUCACAUUUUUUUUAUUUAUCACCCUUAUAUAGAUAUAAUAUAGUAUUUAUAAUAGUCAGUAGGGGCUGUGAGAAUAAAUUCUAUACCAAAAUUUUCUAUUAACCUUGUUAGUGUUUGUGAGAUUUAAUAUUUUGUCUAAAUUAUGAAUGCACAUGCUUUGCUGAGAUUAUGAGUGUUGCUUAUGUUGAUUAUUUCGCGAUCUGACAGAGUUUGUUACACAGCUUUUACCAAUGUGAUUUAGGUUUAUUAUAAUAUAUUUGUAUUUAAGAUUUAUGUCUUUACAAUUUAUUGUGCCAAAUCUGAGCACUGACUAAUUCUGAUAUUAAAAUGACAUCAAAGAUUUAUAAUAUUUUAAAGAUGUGACAUAUUAAAAAAUCAAUUACUCAUAAACAUUUUUAAAUGUAUUUCUGAUGUUGGUAAUAAUGACUGGAUUUUGUAUGAACAUAGAUUAUCAAAAAUAUUCAUUUAUAAUUACAUUCCUAUUCAUUUUUAUAUGACGGUUUUUUUAUAAACAUUGUUGUAAUUAAUGUUAAGUUUAACGUACAUAUAUUGAAAAUACUAUAAUGGAACUCUUCACAUUUUAAGAUGAAUAGAUUUGUAAACUAGUAAAUGCCAUAUGUAUUAAUAAUUUUAAU